AGGAGGAGCUUCAUUGGAGGAAGUAGCUCCACAGCUUGGAUGUGUGUGUGUAUGUGUGUAUGUAUGUGUGUAUGUGUGUGUGUGUGUGGAGCAGUUACCUCCAUAGUGAGAGUGUCGCUAACCACUGGAUUGUUAAAAACGACAAGCGAAAAGAUAUCCUCGCGAGGAAACCACACGCGGACACGCUCUCGAGGAGUUUAGUGUUUGCCUCCCCGACCUCCCUCCCUCCCUCGGUACAGGUUGAAGCGGUGCCGGAGCCGGUCCAGAAGCGAGCAUUAUGCAUUCAGACUGCAGGCUGCUAUGGGCAGAGCGGUAAUGGUGGGCAGGGGACCGACAGGGGCCGGGGUUCUCGUCCUGUCGAUUCUCAUCAUUCUCACCACGGAAGGCUGUCGAGCGCAGAAAGGUGAUGGCUGUGGCCCCAGUGUACUUGGCCCCAGUAGUGGGACUCUGUCCUCUCUGGGUUACCCGGGGACGUACCCCAACAACACGGUGUGUGAGUGGGAAAUCAGCGUGCCCCGAGGCAACAGGAUCCAUUUUCGUUUUGCUGAGCUGGACAUAGAAGACAGCGACUGCCAGGUCAACUACCUCCGCCUCUACAACGGCAUUGGACCCGAGAGGAGUGAGAUUGUGAAGUACUGCGGUUUGGGUCUGAAAAUCAAAGAGCUGAUCGAGUCCACAGGCAACCAGGUCACUGUCCAGUUCAUGAGUGGGACCCACCACAGUGGACGUGGAUUCUACCUGUCCUACUCCACCACUAAACACACAGAUCUAAUAACCUGCCUGGACAAAGGAACUGACUUCCCAGAGGCAGAGUUCAGUAAAUACUGUCCAGCAGGCUGCUUGACAUCUACCGAGGAGAUUUCUGGAACGAUUCCUAAUGGAUACAGAGAGUCCUCUCCUCUGUGUGUGGCAGCCGUCCACGCAGGUGUGGUGUCCAACGCUGAGGGAGGGAGGAUCUCCGUGGUCAGCAGUAAAGGCAUCCCUCACUAUGAGGCCACACUGGCUAACAAUGUCACGUCCACUGGAGGAACUUUGUCGAACAGCCUCUUCACCUUCAGGACCAGCGGUGAGCUCCUUUGUUUUUUCUGAAGCGCCAUUAGGAGCUGCAAUAGUUUUGCGUAAUAAAUGCAAUUAUUAUCGUCAUCUGUAAUUUUAAUUGAGUGGGCACGCCUUAAAAAAGCGGGUCUGCCCUGGGCCCCUUCUCAGAGCGACCAUAAGCAGUGGCUGCAGGUCGAUCUCAAGAGGGAGAAGAGGAUCACAGGUAUCAUCACCACUGGAUCUACCUUACGAGAAUACCAGUACUAUGUUUCAGCAUACCGGGUCCUGUACAGUAACAAUGGACAGGAGUGGCACAUCUACAGGGAAGCAAAUUCCACACAAGACAAGGUGUUCCAAGGCAACAUGAACUACCUGCAUGAGGUGAGGAAUAACUUCAUUCCUCCAAUCGAGGCCCGGUUUGUGAGGAUAAAUCCGACCCUAUGGCACCAGAGAAUCGCGCUCAGGUUGGAGCUGCUUGGCUGCCAAAUUCAUGCAGGUAGGUGGACGGGCGUUCAUUCAGAUGUCCCGUAAAAAGGAGAAUCACAAGUUCCAAUUCAAUUCAGAAUGUUCUCUUCUAAAAAUGUCAUAUUUUUCUUGACAGUGAGGCCAGGGCCGAGGAUGGUUCCCCCCGUUUAUCAUCCGGCACCUCCAGCGGGUACAAGACGCCCACCUCACCUCGGUCAAACCACACACACCCCAGACAUCAGAAACACUACUAUGCCUCCUAACACCGGCAAAAAUGUGGCGCUGGCUGCAGUUCUGGUUCCCGUGUUGGUCGUGGUUCUGACUGUUCUCAUCUUGAUUGUGGUUUGUGCCUGGCACUGGAGGAACAGGAAAAAGAGCUCUGAAGGAACAUACGAUCUCCCUCACUGGGAUCGCACAGAUUGGUGGAAGAGCAUGAAGCAGCUGCUGCCCUCCAAGGUGGUGGACACCGAGGACUCAGUUCGGUACAGCAGCAGCGAGGUGGGCCGGCUUACUGGGAGAGGUGCCGUACCCAGACUACAUGCCGAACCUGCAGAAUAUGCUCAGCCCCUGGUGAGUGGUGUUACAACAUUAGGCGCCCGGUCAACCUUUAAACCAGACGAGGGGCCCGACCCAGGAUACUCAGAUCCCGACCUGUACGACGCUCCCAUCUCACCGGACGUAUACCACGCCUACGCAGAGCCCCUGCCGGCUUCGGGAUCUGAAUACGCUACACCCAUUGUGGUCGAUAUGGGUUGCCACCCAUCAGGGGGCUCCUCUUUGAACCAGCCCUCCACAGUGUGUAGCUUCAUGGGCGCUGGGCCGGCCUCCCUGCACACACGGACAGACAGCAGCCAUUCGGGGAGGUCGGCUUACGACACGCCCAAGAACGCCACUGGACAGGUCACGCCCACUGAGGAUCUGACCUAUCAGGUACCUCAGAGUAGCACUCAGAAGCCAACGGGACAGAGCUGAAGAGUCUGGAUGCACAUGGCCUUAACCUGCCCCCCCCCGCCAACGCAACCCGAUGGACAAAGAUGCGGAGGUUGUUUGGGGAGGAGGAGGUGUGAACCUGUGAGCCCUGGAGCCUGGGCCUGAGUCUUGAAUGAACACUACCUUAGCUUUAGAUUCAUCCGGAGAUGUCUGUAUUGCCUAAAUGUUUCUGCAUGGCCAAAAAUCUGCUUGUGUAGUGCCAUUACAGUCCUAUCACUGAAACCACAACAAUGAAUGUGUUCGUGCCAGGUGUGAGAGGCGGAGAUGGAUGGAUGGAUGAAAAGGAGAAAGCUGACUACUAGAUAAAGACUUUGUCCCUGUUCUGUGAUCCUUAGUAGUUCUUGCCUUCUAUGAAACUGUGAUUUCCAUUAUUUCAUUAUUAUCCUGUUACAUAUUGAACCAGGUUUAACUGAGAUGUGCCUGAUGAUUUCCAUUCAAAAAUCGAACUGAAUGAAUUGCAUGUCGCAUCAAGUACCCCACAUCCAAGGUCAAAGAAUUCCUCCUUCCUAGAGAAACUCUAGUUUACCAUGGUACGUUUUGUCUUACUUCGUUUAAAAGCAUGACUUGAAAUUGUGUAUAGUUCUAGUAAUUCCAUUACUGCAAACCUGUUAAAACUCUCAGAUGAUUUACUGAUAUUUAUUUUUAUUUUCACAUCCUGCUGAUGAGGAGAAACUCUUUUAAUUAAAAAGAAAAUAUAGCCCACCACUACCCCUCACUGAUUACAGAUCAAAGAAUUGUGGUUGCACUGUUGUGAACAAAUUACUGACAGUUAAGUAGUCUCUCAUUAAACUUGUCAGAUGUUGCAUUUAUUAACUUUAAAAAAGGCUGAUUUGAUUCCAAUGAACUCCCCAAAGAGAAAAUACUUUUGUAACGUCGAAGACCAAAUGUUGCCUUUUUUUCUGUUUAUGCCAUGUUAAUUCACAACAGAGCCAACUUUCACAACUGUGCCAACAAGUUUAACCAAAUAAACAUUAAAGCAGUCUUAAUGUAGGAAAAAAAAGAUUUUAUAGUCCUAGUUAGCUGAUGAUGUCUUAGCAAAAAGGUACAGAGAAAAGAGGUAGAUGGGUAAAUCUGUUACAGCUGAUGAUUUCGUAGAGUUUCCUGUGUGUUUGUCAUGAACUUUUCGAUUAUUUGCGCGUCGUGGUGAUUGUCUCGUUGAAAUUGGUGUUUGAGCUGUUCCUCCCUUGUAUCUAUGUGCUUCAACAACCUGUAUGUGUGGUAGGCCAUUUCCCAUACUUCAGUCCUGUGUGUUUGUGUGUUUCGGACUGGUUUUGAUGUGGCUUGUUAUAAUUGUAGUAGGGUGUGUUCAGUCAUUGUCUGUAGCACCGGUAGACUGCAUUCCUCUCCUAUCCACCUGUGGUACUAAUCCGACCUAACGCUCUGUGGCAAGAGGGCAGAUGGAGAACAAUGGAACAAGCUGCUUUCUAACAUUUAAAGAAUAGCAACGUUGCCCGGGAAAGGUGCUAUUCACACAGCUGUGCCACCAAUCAUGCUUUGAUUAUGCUCAAUAAUCAAUGCAAUCUACGCAGAGUUUUGGUGCUCCCUGGUCACAGAGGGAUUGUGUUUAUGUGGCUCUCACUGAUUGUAUAUAGAGAAAUAAAGAGUUUUAAAA